UGUUUAUCUUGGAGAUGGUACCCUCAGGGCAUCAUCCUCAAAGGAAGGCGAUCAUUCUAGCAGCCAGCAUUCCUUCAGCACCUUCUGUGUGCCAGGCCCUGCUUGAGUGCUUCACCGCAAGGACCUUGUCUAGUCCUCACACCCACCCGAUGCAGGAGGGACAACCCCAUCUCCAUUUUAGAGACAGGACGCUGAGAAGCAGAGCAGUGAAAUGACUUGCCAAGGAAGGCUGGGACUCAAACCAGGUCCGUCUGUCCUCAGAGCCUCUCAUUUCUAAGGAGCCGUCAGGAGGAAAGGGAGGUGAAGUUUUCUGCGUGGUUCUCAAGGGCCCUGGCAGCGGGUAUGCCACCACGCCGACUGCCAGCAGCUGCACCGCCGGGGACCCCUCAACCUCUGCGAGGCCUGUGACAGCAAGUUCCACAGCGCCAUGCAUUAUGAUGGGCAUGUCCGCUUUGACCUGCCCCCUCAAGGCUCUGUCCUGGCCCGGAAUGUGUCCACCCGGUCAUGCCCGCCACGUACCAGCCCUGCAGUGGACUUGGAGGAGGAGGAAGAAAGCUCUCUGGAUGGCAAAGGGGACCGGAAGAGCACAGGCCUGAAACUCUCCAAGAAGAAAGCCAGGAGGAGACACACAGAUGACCCGAGCAAGGAGUGCUUCACUCUGAAAUUUGACCUGAACGUGGACAUCGAGACGGAGAUUGUACCAGCCAUGAAGAAGAAGUCACUGGGGGAAGUGCUGCUGCCCGUCUUUGAAAGGAAGGGCAUUGCAUUGGGCAAAGUGGAUAUUUACCUGGACCAGUCCAACACACCACUGUCCCUCACCUUUGAGGCCUACAGGUUCGGGGGACACUACCUGCGGGUCAAAGCCAAGCCAGGGGACGAGGGGAAGGUGGAGCAGGGCGUGAAGGACUCCAAGUCCCUGAGUCUGCCAAUCCUGCGGCCGGCUGGGGCCGGGGCCCCUGCCCUGGAGCGUGUGGACCCCCAGAGCCGCCGAGAGAGCCUGGACAUCCUGGCCCCUGGCCGCCGACGCAAGAACAUGUCGGAGUUCCUGGGGGAGGCCAGCAUCCCGGGACAGGAGCCCUCCACGCCUGCCAGCUGCUCUCUGCCUGGCACUAGCAGUGGCGGCAGUGGGGGCAGCGACAGCUGGAAGAACCGGGCAGCCAGUCGCUUCAGCGGCUUCUUCAGUUCUGGCCCCAGCACCAGUGCCUUUGGCCGGGAGGUGGACAAAAUGGAGCAGCUGGAGAGCAAGCUGCAUGCCUACGGGCUCUUUGGGCUGCCCAGGCUGCCCCGGAGGCUGCGCUUCGACCAUGACUCAUGGGAGGAGGAGGGGGAUGAGGAGGAGGAGGACGAUGCCUGCCUGUGGCUGGAGGACAGCUGGCGGGAGCUCAUUGACGGUCAUGAGAAGCUGACCCGGCGGCAGUGUCACCAGCAGGAAGCGGUGUGGGAGCUCCUGCACACGGAGGCCUCCUACAUCAAGAAGCUGCGGGUGAUCACCAACCUGUUCCUGUGCUGUCUCCUGAACCUGCAAGAGUCGGGGCUGCUGUGUGAGGUGGAGGCGGAGCGCCUGUUCAGCAACAUCCCGGAGAUCGCGCGGCUGCACCGCGGGCUGUGGGCCAGCGUGAUGGCCCCGGUGCUGGAGAAGGCGCGGCGCACGCGGGCACUGCUGCAGCCCGGGGACUUCCUCAAAGGCUUCAAGAUGUUCGGCUCCCUCUUCAAGCCCUACAUCCGAUACUGCAUGGAGGAGGAGGGCUGCAUGGAGUACAUGCGCGGCCUGCUGCGCGACAGCGACCUCUUCCGGGCCUACGUCACGUGGGCCGAGAAACACCAGCAGUGCCAGCGGCUGAAGCUGAGCGACAUGCUGGCCAAACCCCACCAGCGGCUCACCAAGUACCCGCUGCUGCUCAAAUCGGUGCUGAGGAAGACAGAUGAGCCUCGCGCCAAGGAAGCCGUCAUCACCAUGAUCAGCUCGGUGGAGCGUUUCAUCCACCACGUGAACGCCUGCAUGCGGCAGCGACAAGAGCGGCAGCGGCUGGCAGCCGUGGUGAGCCGCAUUGACGCCUACGAGGUGGUGGAGGGCAGCAGCGACGAGGUGGACAAGCUCCUGAGAGAAUUUCUGCAUCUGGACCUCACAGCGCCCAUCCCUGGCGCCUCUCCGGAGGAGACUCGACAGCUGCUGCUGGAGGGGAGCCUAAGGAUGAAGGAGGGGAAGGACAGUAAGAUGGAUGUCUACUGUUUCCUUUUCACGGACCUGCUCUUGGUGACCAAGGCAGUGAAGAAGGCUGAGAGGACCAAGGUCAUCAGGCCACCACUGCUGGUGGACAAGAUUGUGUGCCGGGAGCUUCGGGACCCUGGCUCCUUCCUUCUCAUCUACCUGAAUGAGUUCCAUAGCGCUGUAGGGGCCUACACAUUCCAGGCCAGCGGCCAGGCUUUGUGCCGUGGCUGGGUGGAUGCCAUUUACAAUGCCCAGAACCAGCUGCAGCAGCUGCGUGCACAGGAGCACCCAGGCAGCCAGCAGCACCUGCAGAGCCUGGAAGAAGAGGAGGAUGAGCAGGAGGAGGAGGAAGAGGAGGAAGAGGAGGAGGAAGGGGGGGAGAGUAGUACUUCUGCUGCCAGCUCCCCCACCAUCCUGCGCAAAAGCAGCCACAGCCUUGACUCCCAGCACUGUGCCUCGGACGGCUCCACGGAGACCCUAGCCAUGGUCGUGGUGGAGCCUGGGGAGACGCUGUCCUCUCCUGAGUUCGAGGGCGGCCCCUUCAGCUCCCAGUCGGAUGAGACCUCUCUCAGCACCACCGCUUCUUCUGUCACGCCCACCAGUGAACUGCUGCCCCUGGGCCCAGUGGAUGGCCGUUCCUGCUCCAUGGACUCCGCCUACGGCACCCUCUCCCCGACGUCCCUGCACGACUUUGUGGCCCCAGCCCCUAUGGCAGAGCCAGCACCCCGGCCCCCAGAAUUACCACAAGCCCCUUCACCUCCACCCUCGCCCCGCCUCUGCCGCCGAAACCCUGUCCAGCUGUUGCCCCGGCUGCCCCACCUGCUCAAGUCCAAAUCUGAGGCCAGCCUCCUCCAGCUGUUGUCAGGGGCCACCACCCCUGGAGCGCCCCAAGCCCCCAGCCGCAGCCUGUCGGAACUCUGCUUGGCUGCUACAAUUCCUGACACUAGAACCCAGGGCUCCCCUCAGGAAGCUGGGCCCAGCUGGGAUUGCCACGGGGCACCAAGCCCUGGCAGUGGCCCCAAGCUGUCAGAGCUGGCGUGCAAAAUCAGCUGCUCAGCUAGAGAGCCCGAAGAAGCCUCCAGGAGGAGCAGAGAGCUGCCCUCGGGGGCCUCGCCCAGGGUUCAGCCUGAGCCCCCGCCAGGGAUCUCUGCCCAGCACAGGAAGCUGACGCUGGCCCAGCUUUACCGAAUCAGGACCACACUGCUGCUUAACUCCACGCUCACUGCCUCGGAAGUCUGAGCAGAGGAGGGUCCUCAAGGGUGCCACUCACCAAGGGACAACAGACAGCAUGCCUCCUGGGACAUGCCAGCCCCUGGUCCAGCUGCUGCCUUGUGUGCGCCCGAGCCUCAGUGCCGGCCAGGACCCCUGCCACCGCCCUGGGGCCCAAUUUGCACUUUGCCAGACUGGAUGGAAGUGGAGGAGGGCUCAGCAGAGCCCCAGGCUGCAGUACCCCCUCAGGACUGCCUCCCGAGGGCCACCACCUUCACUAACCUGCCCCUGGCCCCUACCCCCAGCAGGGCCCCUGCCCACUAGUCCCUGAGGUCACCAGAUCCAGCCCUCCAGCUGGGCUCCAGGGCAGUCCUUCCCACCUCCGCCCUCAUCUGGCCCCAAAUGGGAUAUGACCCUGUCCUCACCGACUCCCUCCCAGCCCCGCUGGCCACCCCAGGCUUGGGUUGGGCUCUGUUGCAUAUUUAUUGAGCUUUUGAUUCUUUUAUAAAGACUUGUAUAUACUCCA